GCCAUGGCCGCCUAUAAGCUGGUGCUCAUCCGGCACGGCGAGAGCACCUGGAACCUGGAGAACCGCUUCAGCGGCUGGUACGAUGCCAACUUGAGCCCGGGGGGCCACGAAGAGGCGAAGCGCGGCGGGCAGGCGCUGUGAGAUGCUGGCUACGAAUUUGAUAUCUGCUUCACCUCAGGGCAGAAAAGAGCAAUUCGGACCCUCUGGACAGUACUGGAUGCCACUGACCAGAUGUGGCUGCGGGUGGUGAGAACUUGGCGUCUCAAUGAGCGGCACUACGGGGGCCUGACUGGCCUGAAUAAAGCAGAGACGGCUGCCAAGCACGGCGAGGCCCAGGUGAAGAUCUGGCGGCGCUCCUACAAUGUCCCACCACCCCCGAUGGAGCCUGACCACCCCUUCUACAGCAACAUCAGCAAGGAUCGUAGGUAUGCAGACCUCACUGAAGAUCAGCUGCCUUCCUGUGAGAGUCUGAAAGACACCAUUGCCAGAGCUCUGCCCUUCUGGAAUGAAGAAAUUGUUCCCCAGAUCAAGGAGGGGAAAAGGGUGUUGAUUGCAGCCCAUGGCAACAGCCUGCGGGGUAUAGUCAAGCAUCUGGAAGGUCUCACUGAAGAAGCCAUCAUGGAGCUGAACCUGCCAACUGGUAUUCCUAUUGUCUACAAGCUGGAUAAAAACUUAAAGCCCAUCAAGCCCAUGCAGUUCCUCGGGGAUGAAGAGACCGUGCGCAAAGCCAUGGAAGCUGUGGCUGCCCAGGGCAAGGCCAAGAAGUGAAGACCACCAGCAGCCUGCGCCCCAUCCCCCCACCCUCCACACCUCUCCCCACCUGUCACACUGACCACAUCUGUAGGCGUCCUGUGUUGUAGCUGCGGAUGGGGACUAGUGGCUCCCAUUUCCCUUUUAGCAUUUCGGCUCCUGCACCCACUUCAUUGAUAGAAUCUAGUCAGGACAGGACCUCUAGGACACAAGCUCUAGUUCUCAGUCCAAGCCCAGGGAAGGCUCUUCUUAUCCGGGAGAGCUGAGAGGUAGUAACUGUCUAGUGCUUCUGCUUUGUUUACUAAGGACCUGCUUGAGUAGGGGACAGGGAUAGCCAUGCCAAGGCACGACCAGUGAGGAGCGGCCUGAGCAUGCUGCUCCCCAGAGCCAGCCCUGCGCUCUUCUGUAGUCCAGUCAGUCAGCGAGCCCUUGACAUUCCAGUGAGAGAUGAAGGUAACCUGCUUGGUGACUGAAGUACAGUUUCUUCCCUCACCCUAGAGGAGCUGGCUCCAGAAGGUUGGGCUUAAUCCUGAAGUAAGUUUAUGUGUUCAAUUUUUCUACAAAAGAAAAAUUAUAUGAACACCCUUCUGGGGCUUCUAGUGGUGGUUGGAUAGUUCCACAUGUGGUCAGCAGAACACAAGCCAUUCCUCACACCAGUACAGGACGAGCUCUGGCCCCUGUAGGGUAGGAGUGCUUCCUGCUGUGUAGCUU